AUCAUAUUUUUAAAAGCGGUGACCCUGAAUAGCAAAUAGUACGUCUCGAUGUUUCACUGUCACUCUAUCCAUGAAAUUGAAAUGGCCGAAAUCAAAAUCUAUAUCGCCCCUCUAUCUUCUAAGCCGACGCUUUACAUCAACUCUACACUCCGCAGAAUCAAAUUCAACUAUCCACUGCAAAAUCAAAGAUUUGAUCUCAAGGGGACUCUAUGGCCAAACACUUGUACUCUAUACACAAGAGUUCCAUCGCGCAGGUGUCCAAGCCAACGCCUUUAUCCUCCCUUCACUACUCAAAGCCUGCUCUUCCUCUCACUACCAUCAUUAUGGCCUUCAACUUCACUGUGUCGUUCUUAAAUCAGGGUUUCUCUCUGAUCCCGUUAUUUCUAAUGCUCUCAUGCCCUUUUAUGCUAAAUCUUCAGACGUUGAACUCGCACUUAAAGCGUUCGAUGCAAUGCCUUCGAGAGAUAGUAUCUCUUGGAAUUCUAUCAUAAAUUGCUGUGUACAAAAGGGCCGUAUCACCAAAGCGUUUGAAUUGUUUAAGGAAAUGUAUAGACUUGGUUUUGUGCCAAAAUCUGAGUUGCUUGCUAGUUUUAUAUCGCUCUCUGUACGUUUUGGAGAUUUGAAACUUGGAAGAAUCAUUCAUGCUCUCGUUAUUGUUGAUGAGAGGAUCCAGGAAGAGGUUUUUGUUCUAACUUCUUUAGUUGACUGGUAUUUUAAGUGUGGUUACUCUUCCAUGGCUUUACGCGUGUUUGAUCGAAUGGAGGUGAAAAAUGAGAUUUCCUGGACUGCGAUGGUAUCAGGGUGCAUUGCAAAUUUCGACCAUGGUAUGGCCGUUGAUUGUUUUCGAGCAAUGCAAAUUAAUGGGGUUAAACCUAAUAGAGUAACAUUGAUUGCGUCGUUACCAGCAUGUGCUGAGUUGGGUUGUAUUAAGCAUGGAAAAGAAAUUCAUGGAUAUGCAAUUCGUCAGGGGUUCGAUUCGGAUCGUCAUUUUUUAUCUUCUCUUAUUCAUAUGUACUGCAUAAGUGGAAAAUCAAUGCAGCCUGCCAAGCUUAUUUUUGAGAGAUCAGAAGUCAAAGAUGUCGUGCUCUGGAGUUCAAUUAUUGGGAGCUAUUCUCGAAGUGGACACAGUGUUGAAGCUAUAAAUCUCUUUAAGCGGAUGAGAGAAGAAGGUAUUGGACCAAAUUCCGUGACUCUAUUGGCAGUGAUCACUGCCUGCACAACUAAAACAGCACUUGAGCUUGGAAAUGCGACUCAUGGAUACAUUGUGAAAUGUGGCUUGAAUUUUGAUGUUUUUAUUGGGAAUGCACUUAUAAACAUGUAUGCAAAGUGUGGCUGUCUGGUGGCUUCGCAUCAAAUUUUCAAGGAGAUGCAUAUAAAAGAUUCAGUGUCAUGGAGUACGUUGAUUGCGGGUUAUGGCUUGCACGGUUAUGGUAAGGAAGCUUUGUCUUUCUUCCAUGAAAUGCAAGACAGGCUUGUUGAACCAGAUGCAAUUACUUUAAUUGCCAUUUUAUCAGCUUGCAACCAUGCUGGCCUCGUCGAAGAGGGGAAACAGAUAUUUGAUAAUGUGAAAAAAGAAGGAAAAAUUCUACUUACUAUAGAACAUUAUGCUUGCCUAAUUGAUCUUCUUGGAAAGUCGGGGAAAAUCGAUGAUGCUUUUGAUAUUGUGCGAACAAUGCCCUUGAAACCUAGUGCAUCAAUAUGGAGCUCUUUGGUUUCAGCUUGCAAAACUCAUGGGAGAUCAGAAAUUGCUGAAAUACUAGCACGCCAACUUAUAGAAUCAGAACCUGGAAAUGCUGCCAACCAUACUUCGCUGAGUGGGAUUUUCGCGGAAUCAAAAAACUGGCAUGCUGUAGAAGAGGUAAGGAGAUUCAUGAAAGCAAAGGGACUAACUAAAUGCUAUGGAUUUAGCCAGAUUUCAAUAGGCAACCCUUCUUCAUUUCCAAUUUAGUUUUAUAGUCAGGUUGGUGACAGUUGAGUUGCCCCAUUCCAGUAAUCAAAUCACUUGGGACAAAUCAGUUUUUGAAUGCAGUUCUAUGAAGUUCCUUUUUUUUUUUUUUGGGAGGGCUCAAUAUUGGGCAUAAUCAAACAAAAUCACAUGCAGAAAACUAAUUUUGGGUUCUCUAGGAACUAAGCAUACUGCAAUCUGACUUGCUAAAUCCCUUUUUCUUGCCAAAUUCUGGAGUGGGUAUUGAUUUGAUGUCACUUUUUGUUCAAAGAAGAAUGAAAAUGAGCGAGAGAAAUGUUUACUUGAUCGCUGAUCGUACAAAGGUUUUGCUCGUCUUGGGCCGUGAACUUGGAGGUUCGCUUUACGUAGCAGAUGCCGAGAUAGUGGUCGAAAAGCCCAUCGACUGCCGCCCCACCGACUUCGACUUUUGCAUCGUAUUUGACACAACCGUUCCCGCCACCGACCAUUUCCCCUGAGCCCUAAAUUCCCAUCCAUGAUUUCUGCGCUUUCAAGAUCUCUGUGUUCCGGAGUGGUUCAACUAAAAAGCAUCUUUUGAGAACUCAGCCGUAUCCCCAUGUUAACUGUUGAGAAAUUUUCAUUCAAAUGGUAGAUUCAAAAUAAAAUAUGUGCGGCUAGAUUUAUAUUUUGGAUCAUGAAAAAAUGAACAUAAUUAAAUAAUUUCUUAUCUGAAUAUCAAUAUAUAUAUAUAUAUUAAAGAAAAAUAAUUAAUUUAUUAUUAUUUUUUUCAGUUUAAUCCUUUCAUUCUGUUUAACCAUUAUAUUUAUUGAAAAGAAACUUCCUA